AUGGUCCUCCUAGCCGGGAUCCUUUUCUUUUUACCCGCCGCAUAUGCUACGACUUUCUCAACAGAACGCUUCACUGGGGCCUUCGACAGUGAAUCGGGGGUACUAAGAUCCCUAAAAUCAUCAUUAGACCCGGCUUUUGACUUUUCUCCAUAUGAUGUCUUUGCCAACCGCAGUGGCAACGGCCACUACCACACCGGUGACCUGACCCUGCGGUACCGGGUGGGCAAUUCCAACGGAUGGAUCGAUGCAGAUACCGUCACAAAUCGCGUGCCUCUCAUCAACGGCAACUCUUCACAUUCCAUCCUGUCGUCCAAUCUCGACACGACUAUUGGAAACGUCACCAAAGACCGUCUGUUCAUCACCCGAACCUGGACCGACUACCAAGGAGACCUAGCACUGAACUUCACCCUGAGGAACGGAAACACACAAUCCAUCGAGAUCGGUAGUCUCGGCUUACCCAUCGAGUUUAACAGCAUCUUUACGGAUCGAACGGCGGUCGAGACAAGAGAGAAGUGUGUCUUGGUCGAUCCUUUCAUCGGUCUACAGGCUGGAUAUGUCCAGGUCACCAGACUACUCGGAGAAGGUCCCCACCUCGUCAUUACGCCUUUGAAUCUCUAUACGAAACUCGAAGCAUGGAGAUUCCUCACAGAGGCGACGGAUACUUCAUUAGCAUACCAGAGUCAGGUGUUCGAGGGCAACUAUGAGUGGCAGAUCUACACAAAGGCAUAUGCAGACCAGGAAUGGGAGGGCGUUGAGCCGUGGAAUCCUCCAACCUCGCUGGUGCUGUCGUCGGGAGAAUCGAUUUCGUUCGGGCUGCGGUUUACGGCUGUUUCAAGUGUGGAUGAUAUUGAGCCGACGGUUUCUUCGCUUGGACAUCCGGUUGCUGUUGGGAUUCCGGGAUAUGUGGUGCCCAGGGAUCUGGAAGGGCGGUUGUUCGUGAACACAUCGCUUAAAGUUGAUGCUGUGAAUGUUUCCCCCGAUGCCUGUCUCUCUUUGACGCCUUUGGGCUUGGAGAGCAGCUCCUGGACAGGGUAUACGAUUGUACCCAACGAGCAAGUGUUUGGUAGAUGCAGAGUAGAGCUUGUUUACAGCACAGGACUGAAGCAUACUCUACACUACUAUAUCACUGACACCGGCCCCAAGUCCCUUGCCAAUGCUGGCCAGUUCCUGGAAGAGAACCAGUGGUUUACAAACACGUCGGAUCCAUUCGGUCGCGCUCCUUCUAUCAUCACCCAUGAUCGGUCCGUGAAUGGCCCGGUUCUCCAAGAUAACCGGGUGUGGAUAGCAGGUUUGAGUGACGAAGGCGGUGCUGGGUCUUUCGUGACAGCAGCCAUGAAGCAGUCUAUCCAGCCUGUCGCAUCGGAGGUUUCUAAGCUGGAACAGUUUGUGAAUGAGACCGUUUGGUCCCGAUUGCAACUAACCAACGGAUCAACGGAAUACGGUGUUCGCAAAAGCCUAUUUUACUACGAUCCGAACGCCAUGCCGGAUUACGACUAUGAUCCAGAUAUUUACUGGCCUGGCAGUUGGGAUAAAGACGCUGCUUAUUUGCUCGAUAGAGCUUACGAUUACGUUCAUGUCUCUGCUCUCUACUGGGGAUUGUACCGGGCUGGCCGGAUUGCCCCGAGCGUCCUUACUCUCCGGUCGCCAAAAUGGUAUUUGUUGCAGGCAUAUCAAACCGUGCUGUUUGCGUUUGGAAGCCAACCCGAUGGAAGCGCAAACACCUAUUACAACGACCUCGGGCUGAUGGGGGAAACGAUGUGGAUGUACCUGCUCGAGGAUCUCCGGGCCGAGAACUACACGUCAGAAGCGACAAAGUUCGAGGACAUCAUGCGAGAUCGUGCACAGGCGUGGUCUACGCAAGAAGACCCUUUCGGUAGCGAGCAGGCCUGGGAUUGCACCGGACAGGAGGGGGUGUACUUGUGGUCCAAGUACUUCAACUACACGGCAACAGUGGACAAGACUAUCUCCUCGAUCAGGGGAUACAUGCCUACUGUAGCGCAUUGGGGGUGGAACGGCAACGCUCGGCGGUACUGGGACUUUACGACUGCAGGCAAACUCUCCCGCAUUGAACGGCAGAUCCACCACUACGGAUCCAGCCUUAACGCUCUGCCCAUGCUCGAUCACUACCGAUCCCUCUUUGAUCCUACAGCCCAAUUGAGCUUCUAUGACCUCCGCAUCGGCUACGGGGGCAACCAAGGCCCGACGACCAACGUUGCGGACGAUGGGUUCGGGUCCAUGUCUUUCCACUCCUUCCCCGAGACGUUGGCAUGGGAUGACUACACUGGAGAUUAUGGCCCGGGGUUUCUGGGACAGGUGCUAGGUGCCGGGACAGUCCUGGUGAAACACCCAGAAUUUGGAUGGGUGAGUUUCGGAGGCAACAUUGCCGCAUCUUCGUCCGGUGGAAACGACAGUGUGACACUGCAACCCCGAGACACGGUCCGCAGGAAAGUCUACCUGUCCGAUCUCGGGCUGAAUAUUGAGAUUGACGCGGGUGCCAUUGACGAGGUCCGGACCCUGUAUGGUGCUAAUCGAGUGGAAGUGGAUCUGGUCGAUCAGGCUGACGGCUCGGGGGCGGUGCCUGCCACUAGGGCCGCGGUGGAGUAUACCGUAACCUCCGUCUCUGCAGCCAAGGAUAUCCGGUUAGUGGAAGAUGGAUUGACCAAGGGCAAGUAUGGGUGGGAGGUGAAAUUUGUGUCGGGCAAGGGAACGGUUGUGUUUGAGUGGUGAUGUAGCUAUAGUAAGAUUGACCAGCUGUAAUGCAGGAACGAGUUGAGCUUCAUCCAGAUCUCAGCCAUUGUCAGGACUCCCAGCAUAACCAGAUCGUCCCGCAACGCUAAAUCCUCAGCCUCGCCAGCUGUGUCGGUGAGUGAGCAUGAACCGGUCACUCGCUAGUUUUGGUAGAACGUUGUUCCACAGUAUUAAAA